AUGCUGACCAACAACGAGCUGCUCGAACAUUUUUAUUAUCAUACGACGCCAUCUAAGGCCAUAGAGUCGAAUGCGGAUGUUCUACUGGGCACUGACAAUGAUUAUGCGCAGUUUUUGUAUCAGACGCAGGAUCAGGAUUUUGCUGGCAGUGCAGACAGUCUAUCUGAUGGCACCAACAGCUGCAGCUUAGAGCUUUACUAUGAUACGCCUGCUAUGCUGGAGCUGGAGCAGAUGCUAAGCACACAGACACAACAGCAACAUCAACAGCAGCAUCAGCAGAGUAGCGGCAACGGCAGCGCAGCCACAAAGUUCCAAAGCAAAGCCGCCAAGUAUUGGAGCAAAGCCUCACGCAGCAAACCUUACGAUAGCAGCGAAUCCUCCUCGUCCUCCCAAGAGCUUACCCGGUCUGGCCCGGAUGUCAUGCGCAAGCGUCGUCUGGCCGCCAAUGCACGCGAGCGUCGACGCAUGAACAGCUUGAACGAUGCCUUUGAUAAGCUGCGGGAUGUGGUGCCCUCGCUGGGACACGAUCGACGUCUCUCCAAGUACGAAACUUUGCAAAUGGCGCAGGCGUACAUUGGAGACUUGAUAACGCUGCUCGACAGAGAUUAUUAA